AUGUCAACUGAUAUAAAGGAAUGCUGUAUAUGUCUCAACUCAUAUGAGGAUGGAACAGAGCUGCAUGCUCUCCCCUGCAACCAUCAUUAUCAUUCAACAUGCAUUGUGAAAUGGCUUAAAACUAAUGCAACAUGUCCUCUCUGCAAGUACAACAUUCUCAAGGGAAAUGAACAGGUUUGA